GAGAUCGACGUGUGUUUAACGGAGCUGAGAGACUCAAACAACCGACCGUCACCGCUGAAAACUACCACUGUGUACAGAAUGGAGCGCAAAGUGGCGAGGGAAUUUCGACAUAAGGUGGAGUUGUUGAUCGAUAAUGAAGCAGAAAAGGACUAUCUGUAUGAUGUUCUGCGCAUGUACCAUCAGUCAAUGGACCUGCCUGUCCUGGUUGGUGACCUGAAGCUGGCAAUCAAUGAGCCCAAACGACUUCCACUGUUCGAUGCUAUCAGACCACUGAUUCCCCUCAAACAUCAGGUGCAGUACGACCAGCUCACGCCCAAGAGAUCCAGGAAGUUGAAGGAAGUGCGUUUGGACCGUACACACCCCGAGGGUCUGGGUUUGAGUGUCCGUGGGGGUCUGGAGUUCGGCUGUGGGCUCUUUAUCUCACAGAUAGUCAAGGAUGGACAGGCAGGAAAUGUUGGCCUGCAGGUUGGCGAUGAGAUUGUUCGUAUUAACGGCUACUCCAUCUCCUCCUGUAUUCACGAGGAGGUCAUCAACCUCAUCAAGACCAAAAAGAUUGUGUCUCUAAAAGUCCGCUAUGUAGGAAUGAUUCCGGCCAAGAGCUCUACUGAUGACCCUCUGAAGUGGCAGUUUGUGGAUCAGUUUGUGUCUGAGUCAAGGGAGAGGAAGAGCAGUGUGGCUGGUUUGGCUUCAAUAGGAGGGAAAGAGAUCAAGGAAAAGAAAGUAUUCCUGAGUUUAGUGGGCACAAAAGGCAUGGGAAUCAGCAUAUCAAGUGGACCAACACAGAAACCAGGCAUCUAUGUGAGCAACGUGAAGCCAGGGUCACUUUCAGCAGAAGUGGGCUUACAGGUUGGCGACCAGAUUGUGGAAGUCAAUGGGGUGGAAUUCACCAACUUAAGCCAUCAAGAUGCAGUGCGAGUGUUAAAGAGCAGCAGGAGUCUGACCAUCACUGUUCUCACCGGAGCUGGAAGGGAAUUUUUUAUGACGGAUGAGGAACAGCUUGCGCUUGAAUCUCGACGUGAGCUGGAUAGACAGGAGUUAAUGCAUCAGAAGAGAGCUGCUUUAGAGUCCAACAAAAUCAUCAAAGAGCAACAGGAGAAAGAGCGACAGAGGAAUAUGGAGAUAUCACAGAAGGCUGCAGAAGAAGAAGAACGCUAUCGUAAAGAAAUGGAGAGAAUUGAUGCUGCAGAGAGGAAGCACCACAAAGAGUGGGAAGAAGAUUGGGGCUCCAAGGAAAAAUCCAAAACACCUUCCCCCUCUCCAUCUCCCUCCCCUACACCACCCACACGCCUCACACCUUCACCUAAACCCAAAAACUCCAACGAUGAUGCCAGUGAACACUCAGAUGAAGAAGAAGAGGGAUUUCAGAAAUAUGUGGAUGAAUUUGAUCCAUAUUCCAUGUUCACGGCUGAGCAGAUGGCUGGGAAAGAUGUGCGACUUUUAAAAAUUAAGAAGGAAGGAAAGCUUGAUCUGGCUAUUGAGGGAGGGAUAGAUUCCCCUCUGGGAAAGAUUGUGGUGUCGUCCAUCUAUGAUGGAGGCGCUGCAGAUAAACAUGGUGGGGUUGUGGAAGGUGAUGAGAUCAUGGCUGUGAAUGGAAAGAUCCUGACAGAUGUGACUCUGGCUGAAGGACAGACCUCUCUGACUCAGGCUUGGCACAGUGGAGGGGAUUGGAUCGACCUGGUGAUUGCAGUUUCUCCACCAAAGGAAUAUGAAGAUGAAGUGACGUUCUUUUAAGGACCAGGAUUGCACUGAAUAGAAGAUGCUUGCAUGGAAAUCAAGAAACAUUCCUUAGCAGUGUUUAUAAUUUAGCAAAACACAUGAUUCACUUGACUUAUUAAACAAAUACAAUUAUUUACGAGCUUAAUAAACCAAGCAUAUGCAAAAGCAAGUUUUAGAAAUACACAAUGAUUCACUGAAAAACUAUUUAGGAUAUAUAUUGUUGUUGAUUUCAAAACAAUA